UGAAAUAGUUUUUAUAAGUUAUGAAUAGAUUUUUCAGAAGAUGUUCGGUGUUGAAGUUUAUAUUGUUAGCUGGGUUCAUUUGGUUCUUAGUAUUCACAAUUUUAAUAUCAUCUAAUGAAGAAAGUAAACUGAAAAUCGAUGAAUUGAAAUCUAAAAGACUUUCACCUAAAAUUAGAAUAAAAAAUCAACCCAGUUUCAAUGAUUUUGAUGACGAUUUCGCCGAAAUUCCUAGAAAAUUGCAAAAAAAUAUCACAUCACACAUCAAAAUCGAUCACACGAUUAUCAGAGAAGACGAUUAUAUUUAUUUAGUCCCAGAACUUCGUGAAGACAUUUUAAAUUAUCAUAAGAGAUUGAACCUUGUAAAUCCUGGUCAUAUGGGGAAACCUGUAAUACUUCCACCAGUAAUUCCACUCGACAUACAAGAAAAAAUCAACAAAAGUUAUGAAAUUUUUGCUAUCAACGAAUUCGUGUCUAGUCUCAUUCCAUUAGAUCGUGAGCUACCUGAUAUAAGACCAAAAUAUUGUCAUCAAGUAAAUUAUUCCAAUAACUUACCUGUGACAUCAGUCAUAAUGGUGUUCCACAAUGAACCUUUUUCACAAAUCAUGCGGUCAGUGUUUGCGGUUUUUAAAAGAACUCCAAAGAAUUUACUUGGAGAAAUUUUACUCGUUGACGACUGUUCAACUAGAGAUUAUCUGAAGAAACCGCUAGAGGAUUAUAUUGGGAAAUAUCCCAAGAUUAAACUUGUUCGUUCACCGACUCGUGUGGGUCUUAUCAAAGCUCGCAUGAUUGGUUGCGUCAAUGCACAAGGACCUGCCUUAGUAUUUAUGGAUGCUCACAUCGAAGUUACACCAGGAUGGAUUCAACCAUUACUAGAUCCUUUAGCAAAGAAUCCUAAUGCUUCAACUAUUCCAGUUCUUGAUGCAUUGGAUCCGCAUACAAUUGAAUACAGAUAUAAUGAUAACCCUGAAACGUACAUGGACCAUUUAGGUUUUGAAUGGAAUUUGAUUUACAAAUGGAAAAACAUUCCUGAAUGGGAAAAGAAAAGAAUGAAUAAUCCUUGUGAACCUAUUCGUACACCAACAAUGAUUGGAGCUUUCUUCGUUAUAAUGAAGGAAUUUUUUGAAAUGCUUGGAAUGUACGACCCGGAGUAUGAAAUUUGGGGUGCAGAAAAUCUUGAGCUUUCGUUUAAAGUAUGGAUGUGUGGUGGUGAAUUGUAUCAAAUUCCUUGCAGUCAUGCUGCGCACAUGUUUAGAAAGAAACAUCCAUAUACUUAUCCUAAAGGAGGGGGUGAAGUUCGUAGGAAUACUGACCGACUCUCAGAAGUCUGGCUAGAUGAAUAUCAAAGAUUCUAUCAUCGGGCGACCAAUUUUCAAAACAGAAAUUUUGGCGAUGUAACAGAACAGAAGAAACUUAGACAAAAUCUCCGCUGUAAAAGCUUCAAAUGGUAUAUUGAAAAUAUUUACCCUGAUGUCUCUUAUCCAAGCAACGUACAAGAUCCAUCACCACAGCAAGAAAAAGUGGCAUCAUGAAAAUUUCUAAGAUUAGCUCAAGAUUAAAUUUAAACUAUUCAAUAAAUGUUUCGAAAGAAAACAAGUUUUAGGGAAAUCUAUGUUAGUUAUUAAUUUUUUUCUGCUAAACAAAAAGCUUAUCAAAUAUCCGGCUUUUCAUAGCUCUAUUAAAUUGAGAGAAUUUUUUUUAACUCCAUUCUCUUAAAACGUUUGAAUGAUAAAGUCGUAAAUUAUAUUUGGUUUGUGAAUAUUUAUUUCUAUUCC